CUACUUCCAAACACCGCAUUUUAGCACGAGUGCGGAUGCUAGUUGCUAAUAGUAUUUCCGACAUUUGAGCAACAAUGGAAGGCAGAACUCCGAUCCAAGAAGCAAUUAAAAUGCAAGGUGAAGUGGUUCGUAAGAUGAAGUCUGAGAAGGCAAGCAAAGAGCAGUGAUAGGGUUGCUUACCACUUUUCUCCUGUUCUUCCUGCCUGAACUUUGGUGCCCUGCUGCAUUCAUCACCAUCACGUCCACGGAAUACAUUGUACCUGCUGGCUCUUGAUCCCUUUGAAUGACUUUCUGAUUGAUAAAGAAGUUGCCAAACUUCUUGAGCUGAAGGCACAGUUGGGAGGAGAUGAUGGAAAACAUCAAUUUGUUCUUAAAACCGCUAAGGGGACAAGAGACUAUAACCCAAAACAGAUGGCAAUAAGAGAGAAAGUUUUUAACACCAUCAUCAGCUGCUUCAAACGUCAUGGAGCAGAAACUAUCGACACACCUGUUUUCGAACUAAAGGAGACUCUGACAGGGAAGUAUGGAGAAGACUCAAAGCUUAUCUAUGACCUCAAAGACCAAGGAGGAGAGUUGCUUUCCCUUAGAUAUGACCUCACCGUUCCAUUUGCUCGAUAUCUGGCAAUGAACAAGAUCACCAACAUAAAGCGCUAUCAUAUUGCUAAGGUCUACCGCCGUGAUAACCCUGCUAUGACCCGCGGACGCUAUCGGGAGUUUUACCAAUGUGAUUUUGACAUUGCCGGGCAGCAUGAUGGCAUGGUUCCAGAUGCUGAGUGCUUGAGGAUAGUCUAUGAAAUCCUCAGUGAGCUGGAACUUGGGGACUUCCGCAUCAAGGUCAAUGACAGACGCAUUCUUGAUGGCAUGUUUGCUGUCUGCGGUGUGCCAGAUGACAUGUUCCGCACCAUCUGUUCAACAGUGGACAAACUGGACAAGAUGCCUUGGGAGGAUGUCAAACGAGAGAUGGUAAAUGAGAAAGGCCUGUCAGAGGAGGCUGCUGACCAGAUUGGGGAAUAUGUCAGUAUGCAAGGUGGGAUGGAAUUAGCAGAGCGCCUCCUUCUGGACCAGAAAAUGUCUCAGAGUAAGCAAGCUUGUGCAGGACUAUCAGACAUAAAAUUGCUCUUCAACUACUUGCAACUUUUUCAGGUUACAGACAAGGUGAUAUUUGACCUCAGUCUAGCUCGGGGUCUGGACUAUUAUACAGGAGUUAUAUAUGAAGCAGUGCUGUCCCAGGCAAGUACGGUGUCUACCACCCCUGAAGUCCAAAAUGGUUCCCCUGCCGAUGAGUGCGUUAGUGUGGGCAGCAUUGCUGGUGGGGGUCGCUAUGAUGGAUUGGUUGGCAUGUUUGACCCCAAUGGAAAGAAGGUGCCAUGUGUGGGUGUGAGCAUUGGCAUUGAGCGAAUCUUCUCCUUCAUGGAGCAAAAAGCAGAGGCCUUGGCGUUGAAAGUACGCACAACUGAGGUGCAGGUGAUGGUAGCAUCUGCGCAGAAGAACUUGAUGGAGGAGAGACUCAAGCUUGUCACUGAACUGUGGAACGCUGGGAUCAAGGCAGAGGUCAUGUACAAGAAGAACCCCAAAUUGCUCAGUCAGCUACAGCACUGCGAGGAAUCAGGAAUUCCCCUUGUGGCUAUAAUUGGUGAACAGGAGCUGAAAGAUGGUGUUGUCAAGCUUCGCAUUGUGGCCACCAGAGAGGAGGUUGAUAUCUCAAGAGCCGAUCUUGUCAGCGAAAUCAGGAAGAGGACCUCUGAGGCUUAGUUAACUUACAAAUGCAACUCGUCCUCUGUUCAAGGGUUGUAACCUGCGCAUUGCAAAUAUCCAUGUUGGGCUUUCAACAGAUGGCUGUUUUGAAAAACAUCAAAUGUUUGAAGGCUGGCUAUUGUGUUGUGAAUUUACACAUGACAUUCAUGGUCAUAAAAUUAUAUAUCAGUUUCCAUCUCGUAUGCAUUCAUUUGUAUUUACUGAGGGACAAAAACAUGUAAAUUGAUGAUAUUGACUUUGGGGGAUUUGGUUAAAAAAAAAAAGAAAUGUGACCGAAAAUUCAGCGCCAAAAACCGAAAAUAGCUAAAAUUGCAUUUUCGGUUAAAAGACCGAAAGUUUACCACCGAAAAGUAUGAAGAACAUGAGUCCUUUUGUGAUGACGGCAUCAAAACACUGGGAGAAGCAACACUAUGGGCUCACCGUCAAAUGUAAGCGGUUUGGAAGUAUUUUGAGGUGUCAAAGAAAUAUAUAAAUGAUUAAAUAAAGCAAACCUGUUUUAUUUUCC